UCAUGCCCCUGGACUAUAUUGGACUACAUUUCUGUGCAAAAUGAAUGUGAACCAAAUACACAGACUUCAUUCUCUCAUCUGCAUUACUACGCUAUGGCUCUGUAUGGAGCCUGCUUUUGCCAGUUUAGACUCGGAAUUGAUUGGUUGGACCGAUGCGAAAGAGGAUGGGGUCGAUCUGGUUCAGACUCACCGAGCAUUGCCACGGAAUUGCGACUUGUCUAUCGGUGAAUGGGUUUAUGACGCUUCUUACCCUCUCUAUGAUGCGAGCUGCCCUUAUCUCAGUACUGAAUAUAGUUGCCGGAGAAAUGGCAGGCCGGAUUCAGAUUAUGAGAAGUGGAGGUGGAAGCCUCACCACUGCUUAAUUCCAAGGUUCAAUGCGCUAGAUUUUCUAGGGAGGAUUAGAGGGAAGAGAGUGAUGCUUGUAGGGGAUUCCAUAAUGAGGAACCAGUGGGAGUCUCUAGUGUGCAUGGUUGAAGCAGUGAUCCCAAUUGAGAUGAAGUUGGUUUCUUCUGAUGGUCCAUCUAUGGCUUUUCACGCGCUGGACUUCGAGGCAUCGAUCGAGUUCUUCUGGGCUCCUCUUCUUGUAGAACUGAAGGAAGAUGCGCAGAACAAGAGAGUUCUACGUCUGGAUUCUAUUGAAGAGAAUGCUAAAUACUGGAGGGAUGUUGACGUUCUGGUGUUUGAUUCAGCUCACUGGUGGACUCACACUGGAAAAUGGAGCUCAUGGGAUUACUACUCAGAAGGUGAUAGUCUAUUCACUGACUUGAACCCGAUUGUUGCCUACGAGAAAGGGCUCACAACAUGGGCUCAGUGGGUAGACCUGAAUCUAGACCCUCAGCGAACUCGAGUCAUCUUUCGAAGCCUCUCUGCUCGCCACAACCGGGAUAAUGGAUGGCAAUGCUACAAGAAGAAGGAGCCAAUGGUAUUCUCAGGCUACACGCCGAGAGUUCCCGCACAACUGGUGGUGCUACGAGAAGUAGUGAAGAAGAUGAGCUUUCCUGUGUACCUUCAAGAAAUCACGAGCAUGUCUGAGCUUCGAAGGGAUGGGCAUCCAUCGGUGUUUAGGAUUCCUGGCGAUACCCAGAGGAGGAUGGAGUCGGUAACGCGCACUUCAGACUGUAGUCACUGGUGUUUGCCUGGAGUGCCGGAUUCGUGGAAUGAAAUGUUGUUUGCUCUUCUGUAAUGGAACUUGUGGAAGGGCUCAUGUAAUCAGGCUGGAGGUUUAUUUAAAAUCACGCAGCUGCUUGUUUGAUGGGUAAUUCCAGGAUUUAAGCUUUCUAAAUUGAAUGAGAUGCAAUCCAGACUUGGAUCCUCGUCAUGGGAUCUUUUUGCAUUGAA